CGACGACGAGAUUUAUUUCGUCAUGUCGGGCGCGACACCGCCGCGGUACCCUCUUCGCUCGCGGCGCCAAGUCCAGGCACCUCAAAAUGCCGAAACGUUGGUCCUGGAGACGAAGGAGAAGGUAGACGAAGCCGCCCUGCCGUCUCCCAUCCGGUCGCCAGUGCCCACGACAUCCAGCAAUGCGUUUCGAACAAGCCGCGAAUAUAACCUCGAAGGCAUGCUCGGUUUCAAAGAAGAGCCUCGACAGAUCCUGUUCCUGUUUCUGCUCGUGAUCUCCGUGGCGUACUAUUCGUUCACACACGACUCUGACGACAUUGCCCAAAACGUCAGGAACGGCGGCAUCUCAGCCGCGUUCAUCUUUCUUGUGUACUGCUUCCUACAAACACGGGAUGGUCUCUUGGUCCGGCCGCAUCCGGGUGUGUGGCGCAUCGUCCACGGUCUUGCCGUCCUGUACCUCCUCCUCAUGGCGGUGCUAUCGGUUCAAAACGCCAAGUCGGCCACGGCAGCCAUCCGAGUUCUGUUCCCAGAGGUUGGUGCCGCGACGAAGGCGGCGUCCACAACGCCUCGGCCGCCGUUGGAAUGCGAGCUCAACAUGAUGAGUUUGCACCGAGGUGUGUCGAGCAUUUGGUUUCUCGCGCAUGUCACGGGGUGGUGGGGCAAGAUGUGCAUGUUUCGCGACUGGCGGUUCUGCUGGGUGCUCGGCAUCGGGUUUGAGUUGCUCGAGCUCAUUUUCCAAUGCAUCAUUCCCGACUUUCAAGAAUGUUGGUGGGACUCGUUGUUUAUGGAUUUGUUGGGCGCCAACUUUCUGGGCAUGUGCCUCGGCAGAUUGACGCUCAAGUACUUGGAAACCAAGGAAUAUGAUUGGUCGGGCAAACGCAGCGAGCAGCGCGGGUACUUUAGCCGCGCGAUAAGCCAGUUUACACCGUUCAGCUGGUCGCGGUACGACUGGGAAGUGUUUUCCAGUGCCAAGCGCUUCUUCAUGGUGCUCGUGGCAUUGUUCGUGUGUCUGUUUUCGGAGCUGAACGCGUUCUUCCUCCUCACGACCCUCAGCAUCCCCAAGGACAGCAACCUCAACAAGUACCGCCUCGCAGUCAUGUUUAUGCUCGGGAUUCCCGCCGCCGCAGAGUACUACGAGUUCGUGACAGACCCCAAGUGCUAUCGCCUCGGCCAGAACGCGUGGAUGAUGUGCUGCAUCAUUGUGUUUGAAAUGCUCGUGUGGGUCAAGUUCUCGGAAGGACUUGAGCAGAUGACGUCGCCCCCGUUCGACGUCGUCGCGCCCCUCGUGACCUUUUCCGUGCUGUUUUCCCUGUGGAUGCUCCUGUAUUUCCGCAAAAAGGGACCGGCCGCCGCCAAGACGCUGGUGCCGUUAGACAUUCUCUUCUACGUGUCGUUUUUGCCGCUGACGUACCUGUCCAAGCAGUGGGCGUAUUGAUUGGUCCUGCCGUAAACGAGAAUAUAAUCGACGUUAAUAGAAGUGGUGACAUACUUACA